AUGGAUCAUCUGAUAGGUUCCAACGAGAUGAUCCCAUACAGCAGCACUUUCGAUCUUUUCAACGCGCCAAACAUUUUGGGGUUUCAGAAUGAUUUUGACAAUCUCGGGUGGAUGACAGGGAGCCUCGACCCGUACUUACGGCCGAUGUCGUUCGAUUUGGGCGAGGAGUUUGACAUCCUCCAAAACACAGGCGGUCCAGAUGCGACCACUAGGCAGACAACCGCAUCCGCAGCAGCUGGUGCACCCCUUGGACUGCCUCCUACACCGGCUUCCGAUAUUGCAGAUCUCUACGGCCGCAGUCACUCGUCUGCCCUGGACAAAGACACUGUCGAAGUUAGACAAUAUCAUCCCACUUCAAUCGAUGUUGAUGCAACUCUACACUUUCCGGAUGUUGACCCGGCUUCGCUUCUGGAUGCUGAGCUAGAGAAGUUCGCUCACGUGGAUCCCCUCACGAGCGAGAAAGUGCAUGCUAUUACACAGCUUGCCGAAGAGAUACAACGAGAGCCUUAUCAUCCUCCUUCCACCAACACCAAGCUGCCACCGCAACCCAUACUCAAUGCUUGGGUUCAACUGUACUUCGAAUACUUCCACCCUGUCUUUCCUAUCCUCCACAAACCUACCUUCUUAUUGCCAGAAGUCGAUCCGUUGCUUAUUCUGGCUGUCGCAGACUUGGCCGUACACGACCACCCCAAGCUCUGGUCCAAGCCUCUGAAGAUGAUCGUCCUCGCGAACAUCUGCCUCAUGGUGUUCAACGGCAAUUUCCAUGCGGCCUCAAUCACGACCUCCUUUGGUGUACUGAUCGCUGAAUUCCGCGUCGGAUACCCUGACAUCGCACCACUGGUAUCCUACUCCGUCCUGGUCAUCGGGUUAGGCUGUCUCCUCUGGACUCUGGCGGGCGUGGUCUUCGAAAAACGACUCGUCCUAAUCGUAGCCAACCUGAUAUUCCUGGCAGGCUGCAUAUGGAGUGUGUACAGCAAGAGUCUCGAAAGUCUGUUAGGGAGUAGGGUACUAGCGAGUUUUGGCGCGGGUGCGGUACAGGCUGUUAGGGCGAGUGUGGUUGGCGAGGUCUUCUUCGAACGCGACUAUUCCUCUGCCGUGCUCAUCAUAUCCGUCACAACCGCGCAGCUCUUCUCUCCGCCGCCAUUCCUUUUCACACCCGUGGAACUGGGGAAUGGGACCGGUAUCGCCUUUGUAGGCAUCAUCUUGGCUCUCCCGAUCGCUGGGCCAGUUACAAACGCUCUUUCCAGGUGGAUGACAAAGCUCAAUAGUCGCCAUGAGCCUGAGUACCGUCUAUACAGCAUAGUCAUCCCGUUCCUGCUAUGCUCACCCGGUCUCCUGCUCUUCGGCUACACAUACAUCAAAGGCUCGCACCAAGGACCAGCGGUCGGGUACGCAAUGCAGGCCACAGGUCUUGUACUCGUGCCUGCGAUAGUGUUGUCUUACGCAAGCGACAGCUAUCCGUACGAUUCGGCAGAGGUCAUGGCUUUCGUGAAUGCACUUACGCAUCUCAUCCCGUUCGCGAUCAGCAAGAUUGUACCGAAAUGGCUGGCCCGAGAUGCAGUGAAGAAGCUGUUCAUCGGGAUGGCCGUCAUCCAGUGGGCGAUCUUCUUCGGUAUUACGAUGCUGCUUAUUAUAUUUGGAAGAAGAUUCGGGAGAAGACGGCGUGGUUCCACAACAAGUACGGUUACAAGCGGGUUGUUGGAUAGUUGUUCGUAG